GCCCUCCCCGCGGCGGCUGGCGUCGAGAAAGUACAGUAAAAAGUCCAAGUGCAGCGCUCGGCGCAAGAUGGGAACCGGCUCCUCCAGCUACCGGCCCAAGGCCAUCUACUUGGACAUCGAUGGACGCAUUCAGAAGGUGGUCUUUAGCAAGUACUGCAACUCCAGCGACAUCAUGGACCUGUUCUGCAUCGCCACUGGCCUGCCUCGGAACACAACCAUCUCCCUCCUGACCACGGACGACGCCAUGGUCUCCAUUGACCCCACCAUGCCCGCCAAUUCAGAACGGACCCCCUACAAAGUGAGACCCGUGGCCAUCAAGCAACUCUCUGAGAAAGAAGAACUGAUCCAGAGCGUGCUGACCCAGGUGGCCGAGCAGUUCUCGAGGGCAUUUAAAAUCAACGAACUGAAAGCUGAAGUUGCAAACCACUUGGCCGUGCUAGAGAAACGGGUCGAACUGGAAGGACUGAAAGUGGUGGAGAUUGAGAAAUGCAAGAGCGACAUUAGAAAGAUGAGGGAGGAGCUGGCAGCCAGAAGCAACAGGACCAGCUGUCCCUGUAAGUACAGUUUCUUGGAUAGCACUAAGAAGUUGACGCCUCGACGUGAUGUCCCCGCAUAUCCCAAGUACCUGCUCUCCCCCGAGACCAUAGAAGCCCUGCGGAAGCCCACCUUCGACGUCUGGCUCUGGGAGCCCAACGAGAUGCUCAGCUGCUUAGAGCACAUGUACCACGACCUGGGCCUGGUCAGAGACUUCAGCAUCAACCCUGUCACGCUCAAGAGGUGGCUGCUCUGCGUGCACGACAACUACCGGAACAACCCCUUCCACAACUUCCGGCACUGCUUCUGCGUCGCCCAGAUGAUGUACAGCAUGGUCUGGCUCUGCGGGCUCCAGGAGAAGUUUUCCCAGAUGGAUAUCUUGAUCCUGAUGACAGCAGCCAUCUGCCAUGAUUUGGACCAUCCCGGCUACAACAACACGUACCAGAUCAACGCCCGCACGGAGCUGGCUGUCCGCUACAAUGACAUCUCGCCCCUGGAGAACCACCACUGUGCCGUGGCCUUCCAGAUCCUCACCCAGCCUGAGUGCAACAUCUUCUCCAAUGUGCAGCCGGACAGCUUCCGGCAGAUCAGACAGGGGAUGAUCACGUUAAUCUUGGCCACGGACAUGGCAAGACACGCAGAGAUUAUGGAUUCUUUCAAGGAAAAAAUGGAGAAUUUUGACUACAGCAAUGAGGAGCACGUGACCCUCCUGAAGAUGGUUCUGAUAAAGUGCUGUGACAUCUCCAACGAGGUCCGCCCGGCGGAGGUGGCCGAGCCCUGGGUGGACUGCUUGCUGGAGGAGUACUUCAUGCAGAGCGACCGCGAGAAGUCAGAGGGCCUGCCCGUGGCCCCGUUCAUGGACCGGGACAAAGUGACCAAAGCCACAGCCCAAAUUGGGUUCAUCAAGUUCGUCCUGAUCCCAAUGUUCGAAACGGUGACCAAGCUCUUCCCUGCAGUCGAGGAGCUCAUGCUGCAGCCCCUGUGGGAAUCCAGAGAUCGCUAUGAGGAGCUGAAGCAAAUAGACGACGCCAUGAAGGAGAAGGCUGACAGCCUGAUGUCCGGGGACACCAAGUCGAGAGAGAAAAGCAGAGAUGUGAGAAAGAGUGAAGAUUCUUUUCCAUGAUAGCUUAUUACAAAAAAUUGAAUAGAGUUCCCCGUGCUGUACAGUAGGUCCUUGUUGUUUAUCUAUUUUAUAUAUAGUAGUGUGUAUCUAUUAGUCCCAACCUCCUAUUUUAUCCCUCCCCACCUUUUCCCAUUUGGUAACCAUAGUUUGUUUUCUGUGUCCAUGAGUCUAUUUCUGGUUUGUAAAUAAAAUUUGUAUCAUUUUUUCAGAUUCCACAUAUAACUGAUAUCAUUUGAUAUUUGUCUUUCUCUGAUGUACUUCACUGGAUAUGAUAAUCUCUAGGUCCAUCUAUGUUGCUGCAAAGGGCAUUUUUUCAUUCUUUUUUAUCGCUGAGUAGCGUUCUGUUAUAUGUAUAUAUACCACAUCUUCAUCCAGUCAUCCUGUUGUUUUAGUGAUUAAACGAGCAGAGUUCUGGGACAGAAGACGUGCUCCUUGUCUAUGUGUGAUUUGUGGCACUGCCUGCACAUUUCCAGUCCCACAGACACAAAUCAGCAUUCUUUCUCCUU